AGAGAGUAUAGUAUAUAGCGCGCACGUACACGACGAAAAGCCCGAUCGCGGCUUUUCGAAAGCCGCCCCUCGUCGUCGCUGCAUCAGCUGCAUAGAAAAAUUCGUCGCGGUCGUCGUUCCUCGCGCGCGCGACGCGUUUGCUUGUAUACUUGUCUCUCGCUUAUCGUUGCAGGUCUAAGUACACGCCAGAGAGGAGAGAGAGAGAGAGAGAGAGAAAGAGUGUGUAUAUCGAGGCGCUCUGCGAGUGACGCGAGUGAGAGGAGAGAGGGAGAGCCGGGGUAGCCGCAGACGUCACGCACGGGGAUCAUCAUGGCGAAUCAAGACACCGAGCCGAUGUCACGUCUACUCAAGCUCGCCAAGAAGUUCAACUGCUUCUAUCUGUCAGGCUUUCAUGCUGGUGAUUGCCGGGCAUUUGUUGUCGAUGGACAGCAAAUCGGUCUCGUCCGACAGGAUGUCAUGAAGGAGCUCUUGAAUUACCCACAGGUAUUUCAAGUGCAUCCAGAAUAUGUUCAGCUCAAUCCAGCCUUUAGAGACUAUGCCGAGAGAAGCGCCAAAGUCGAUGAAGUGCUCAGAGAAUGGCGGGGUGGCGGAAAAUUCAUUGCACUGCAUGGCUGGCGAGAAGAAUAUUAUGAUGUUAGAUCACAAUUUAACACUCCACCAUUAUUUAAAAUGGAUCGAUCCGCAACAUCUCUUUUUGGAAUACGAAAAUAUGGAGUAGACAUCAAUGGAUAUGUAAUGGACCCAGUGAAAGGCUUGUCGAUAUGGCUACAAAAAAGAAGUCCAAAUAAGCAAACAUGGCCAGGCUAUUGGGACAACUGUGUUAGUGGUGGACUAAGUGUAGGCUUUGGAAUUAAUGAGACUGCAAUAAAGGAAGCCAGCGAAGAGGCUGGAAUACCCAAUCAUUUAUUGACGAAGCUAAAAAGCGCGGGCUGUGUAUCACUCUUUUUUGAAAGUGAAAGAGGACUAUUUCCAAAUACUGAAUUUGUGUACGACUUAGAACUUCCUGUUGACUUUGUGCCCAAAAACGGCGACGGAGAGGUAGAGACUUUUGAAUUACUUCCUGUUAGUGAAUGUCUCGAAAGGGUCCUUUCGUCGCACUUCAAGACGACGUCCGUUCCAGUUUCCAUAGACUUUUUAAUCAGACAUGGCUAUAUCACUCCAGAAAAUGAACCUAAUUUCAUCCAAAUAAUGGAGUUAUUGCAUGUGCCCCUGCAAACAAUGUACAAUCAGCCGCAUAGGAAGCACAAAAUUGCAGCCAAUGGAGAAACAAAUAAUGAUGGUUUAGAACGAAUUUGAAUUUAAAAUAUUAGGCACUAGUUGAAAUCACAAUAGGGACACAUUUUUGAAAAAAAUAGUGGAAUAUUCUUGUUGUUUUUAGUGAGAAUUCUUUUUAAUUGUUCAGUUCGUAUAUUUUGGAUUUUAAAAAAAAUUAUAUUAUGUAUUUAAAUCCUUAAUUUAAUUAAUUUGGUUUUGAAAAGUUUAUUCUAAUAUUUACAUGGUUAAUUAUUUCAAGUAUUUAUGUAUAUGCUAUAUUUUAUCAAUUUUGAGCGUUUCCAAUUUUUUUACAUUUAAUAGUACAUUACGAUAUAAGUGGCAUAAAUAUAGCCUUUUAUAGCACGGUGUUUAUAACACCCAAACAUAGCGAAGGCGUUUAACGCCGUGCUAUGAAAGAUACGAGUGUCGUAUAGUACUCAAUAGCAUUGUCUAGCAUAAAUCCACUGUCACGCCUACCCGUGGCACAAGUAAUCAAUUAUUGCACCGUUCUUAUCGCCCUCACUACGCUUCCGGAUAGGCGUGACACAAGUGCGAAUGUAUGCCACGCAGUGCUAUACAAAAAUCAUUCAUUUAAGAAAAAAACGUGAGCCUUAACAUAAUUUUUCAGCAGUAUUUUUAAGCUGGAUCAAUAAAGAAUGGACUUUAAUGUGAUAUCGAUAAAAUAUUGAAUAAAAAAGAUACAAUAACGACAAGGUUAAAUCAAAAAAUUGUAUAUUUGAUCGGGCAGAAUAAAUACUGAAUACACUUUUUCUUUUCUCAAAAAUGGCGUGUAAAUAUAACGAUUAUAUAUAUUCAUGUUUUAAAUUUCAAUUCAUUUUAAAGAGAUUAAUUCAGGUAUCAAGCAAUGAAAUUAAAUAUUUAAAGCUUAGAAAACUCUUUAUCGCAAUAUUAUGUGUGAAUCAAUUAAUCAGAGAAGAAAGUAUUACUAUUGCAUUCCAUGACACAGAUUUUUAAAUGUAUGGUUCGAUUAUUGUGUAAUAUAUUUUACAAAUUUUUAAGGAGGGUCUUAGUCAAAUUCAAGAACUUGUUGAACUUCAUUUAAUUUUUACAAUUUUUUAACAAAAAUAUCAAAAUAAUACAUUGAUUUCCAAAUUACAAAUUUUUGCUUGCUGCUUAUUUGAAAAUGAGUUUGAGAAGUAUUUUGUUGAAAUGCAUGUCUUAAAUAAAAUAUUGUCAAUGUAUCAGAAGCAUGUAAUAUUUUAAUACAUAUGUAUUUUUACAAAUAAUGAAAAAAUAUUGGGAAUAAUGACUGAAAAUUGGUACUAGCCAUGUGUAUUUUCAUAAUUGUUGAACCACAAAGAACUUCAUAAAACUACAAAGAGUAUGUAGGUUUUAUAAAGUGCUCCUUAUAUGAUUUUCGACUGAAAGUCCCUUUGAGCUAUGUGAAUAAGAAAUGCAUAAACUUAAUCGAUAUAAAGUCCAUUCACAGUAUUAUAUAGGAAAAUUCCUUAUAUGGAAGCUUUAACUAUUGAAGGUGAAAAUUAAAUCAUCUUGAAAGAAAUAUGUUUUAUAAUGAAAAUUUGCUAGUGAAGAACAAUGAAUUGAUUGUAGCAUUUUUAUUGAACAAGUUAUACCUGAAAAGGUUGAGUAAGUUGUA